UGUGAUCCAAAGAAAGGCGAAGCUAAACAAAAGGGUAGCAUGUAGAUAGCAUUUACUAAAAUAAUAGUAAAUUAGGCAUAAAUAUUGACUCAAUUAACUUAUUUUUAUGAAACAAUUGAGUGAAGUUCUUAGUUAUAAUUCGAGUGUAACAUACAAGUUCGUAAAAUGAAGCACAAUGCAUCGUGUAAUGGUGGCCAUUAGGGAUAAUAAUUAUGUAUAUUGGCAUACUUACUCCUUCACGGACCAUCAAAAAUAUACGUAAAAGGAGACUACAGUGUUACAGUUUGAAUCAUUAAUUGAACAAUAUGUAAACUGGAUAUUAGUGAUAUGUGAGUGCGACGAGGUUGUCCAGUGUAAAUAGCCCGUAUUGCCAACCAUGGCUCAGAAUCAAGGGGAGGUUCAAGUGGGAACACCGAACCAACCCGUGAAAGACAAGGAUAUCUAUGCUUGCCUGCCUGAUAUGCGAGUGAACGGGCCGCUGGGACCCGACGAACCGUAUCCAGGAGGUGAGGAGCUACGCUGGUUGCCUGCACAGGCUACUGACCGCGACCUGGUGAUGUAUUUGCGAGCUGCGCGCUCUAUGGCAGCGUUUGCAGGCAUGUGCGACGGAGGUUCCCCCGACGACGGCUGUGUGGCCGCCAGUCGCGACGACACCACUAUCAACGCGCUUGACGUUCUUCACGAUUCGGGCUACGAUCCCGGUCGAGCUCUCCAAGCCCUAGUCAAGUGCCCUGUUCCUAAGGGAAUUGAGAAGAAGUGGUCAGAAGAAGAAACAAAAAGAUUUGUGAAAGGUAUUCGUCAAUUUGGUAAGAAUUUCUUUAAAAUCAAGAAAGAUCUUCUUCCACACAAAGAUACUGCAGAAUUAGUCGAGUUUUACUACUUAUGGAAAAAGACUCCUGGUGCUAGUAGUAAUAGACCACAUAGGAGAAGGCGGCAGGCUUCUUUGAGACGUGUGCGCAACACAAGGAAUUCUCGAGCAGGUACUCCUAAAGAACAGACACCUGAAGCUACACCAACGGUUCCGGAAACAAAUGGUUCAAGGCCAUCUCCAAAUCCUAAAGAAGGCGGAGAAAUGAGUUCAGUAACAGAAGAUGAAAACUCAGAAGAAGAUAGUGAUUCGAGAGAAGCUGGUGAUAUAGCUAAAGCUGACAAUGGUAGAACUGGUGACAACCCUGAAGAUUCACCAAGUAGAAUGAGGACUAGAAAUAAAUCUAAAGAACAAACUACCCCUAAUGGUAAGAAAGGUCAAGAUGAAAGUGACAAUGACUCAAAAUCAAAAGCAAAGACUGCAAAACCGACUGCACAAAGUACAAAUAAUAAUAUUACUGAAAAAGUUUUAUCUUCACCAGUCAGUAAAGAUGCAAAUAAAAAGAAAGUUGCAAAUGGCAAAGUUGAUGUUUCAAAAGUUAAGAAGCGUCUUCCAGAUGAUGGCAAGCCAGGAGGAAUUAUGGAUGGAGAUGUUCAAAUGAAGAAGAAAAAGCCAGUUGAACCACCAGAUAGUCCAGCUGAAAGUCUUACAAAUGAUAGCUUUCCUGCCAUGGAUGAAAGUGAACCUCCUGAACCAGAGCCAGAAGCUUGUGAUUUUAGCUUCAAUAAGACUGACAAAGAAAAUGUUGAUCAAAGUAAAGAACCCGAAUCUGACCAACAACCUGCAAAACCUGCAGAAGCCCAAGUGAAAACAGAAGUUAUUACCGAACCUGUUAUUAAAACUGAAAAAGAAUCUAUGCCUCCAGUGUUCAAUGUUGUACCAGAGAAAGAAGAUAGAAAUGUGUUGGAUCUCAAAACAGACUCUAAUGUACCUAAAAAUCCUGAGAAUGUUGAACCCAGACCACUUGCUUUACAGAACAAUAUAUUUCCAAAAACUGAGCUCAUUAUACCUAAAGUUACACCUAUGGCUACAGAUGGCAUAGAAAAGAUUAAAAUAAAAGAAGAGAUAGAUACUGAAGAACAAACACUUAAUCUUCAAAAAGAAGAAUUCCAAAAGGAUCCACUAUCCCACAAUUUCCCUGGUCAUCCUGUAAGUCAGGCAAACAAACCACUUAAUUUAGAAAACACGAACUUCUUUGUAAAGGAUAGCCAUAUUUAUAAUCCGAAACUUAGUCACAGUAUCAAAAUUGAAGGUGUAACAAGUAACAUCUUCAACCCAGUCAAUAUUUCUAAAGAUAGUUCCAUUAUAAGAAGUGCAAAAGAUUUUCCAGCUGGUAUGCCACCAUUCUCAUAUCCACCAAACAUGAAUUUUGCUGGUGACCCCAACAAACAUAACCCACUAAUAAAUCCACUGAAGACAGUAAUAAAACUUGAGCCUAGAGAUGAAGCAAGUGAAAUGAAGAAUCAAAAUACACCGGAAAUUUUCACAGCAACAAUAUCAACAGGAAGUAAAGUGGACUCACCAAGUGCCCCUCGAUUGGAUACUUUACAAAGAAUUAGUCCAUCUCCCACUAACACACGUGGUUCACCGCCACCUAUGGAACAUCCUACAACGACAAAUACCGAACCAAUCUCGCCUGCCAAUUCACAAGAAAAUAAAGAAGCUGAUGCUGAAGAUAAACAACAACCUACGGAUUUAAAAACCCAACCAUCACCGAAACUUGACAAUCAAAGUGCAGGGUUACGCCCUCAAAUAUUUCCUUCUCCGUUACGUCCAGAGAACCUUGGCGUACGCUCAACAGAUGCACCUACAACUCCUGUAUCUGGACAAAGUAUGCCACCACCUCCUACUAUUGCUGGUCAACCUUCGAUUGCUGGUCUUUUGCCACCUGGACCAUUGAUUUCUAUCGGAACGGGUUCAAAUGUUGGACCUUACGGGUUCAUGCCAGCAUCAUUAUAUGGCCAUCCAGGACACCCAGGAAUAGACAAGCCUGGUUCACUACCACCCUUGAUGCAACCAGUUCCACCUUCCCAUGGUUUACCUGGGAGUAACUUAAUUCCUCCGCCGUCUAACCAGAAUGAUCCAUCAAUGCCACAAGAUUUGAAGAUCAAACAAGAAGUACCAGACAAUGUGCCAGCUAAUCUCUCCACGCAAAGUAUGUCUGAUCCUCUGCAAUCACUGAAAGAAGUUAAAGUGCCUGGUUAUCCAAUAGGUAGUGCCAUAGCACAACAUUUAAGUACAGAUAGGGACAGAGAGUCUCUAUCAAGUGUUGAGAACAACAGCAGACCACCAAGCCAACCCACAAAUGAAAGUUCUAAUGUGCCAAGUGCAUUCCUUGGCCCAAGAAUAGAUAGUAUAAAGAAAGAACCUGAUUUCUUACAUCAACCACAUUUGACCCCUGUGUCGACCAGUCAAUCUAGUGGCUCUGAUUCUACGAAUACUGUACCACCAGUGAAGAGUCCACAUACUCCGACGCCUAUAAAGAGUCAACCAAGUCACAAUGGAACUCCAGGACAUGGCCCACAUCCAUCAGCCACGACGUCGCCUUUUACAAGGCAUUUGACAAGUCCUUCACAGCCGAGACACAUAUCUGCCUCUCCUGUCCAUAACCCACCAGUGUCGCAUUCUGCUCUGAACUUAAUGAAUCCGACGCCUCUGACAAUACCUGCCACAAUGCCUGGACCUAUCAUGCAUUCUGGUCAACAACAUGGUCCUCCGCACCACCCCUUCGCAUCGCCUUUGCAUCAUCCACCGCACCCUUUACUUCACCCAUCGAUCUUCCAAUUGUCAGCUGCAGCCGCAGCGCACGCUAUGCAUCCGUAUUACCCCCAUCCUCAUCCUGGCUACUCGAUGCCGUAUCCAUAUCCGUAUGGACCAUUACCACAACCACACCCAAUACCACCGAUGCAUCCCGCUUCAAGUACGCCAGGAAGACACGACCCGGUAAAGCCUUCGACGAUUGAGUCUACGACUAUGCUCAGUUCACAUCACAGUACUAGUUCUUCAGUGACUACACGAUCCCUAAGAGAGAUUUCUGAGAGCACAGAUGAUCCAAGAAAUCCUACUGAAAGACAGCUGCAUGAAACUACUAUGACCCAUCAUCAUUCAACCAGCCAUCAUAGUGCUGUACAUACAAGUACUGAGAAACAGCCAAGCCAUGUUGGUGGUGGUACAAACCACACAUUGUCUAUAUCACAUUCAACUUCUAGCAGUUCGUCACAAUCGAUCCAGCACAAAAUUAACACCCAACAGAAAAGUUCUUCUCACUCAAGUUCGCCGCAUCAUCUUUCAGCCAGUGUGUCACAAACAACCAGUACUUCGUCGUCGGUUAAUGUUACUAAUAAUCAUACUCACCACCAUUCCCAUCAUUUGGCACACCAUCCAGAAAGGUUAUCGCCAGCAGAUUCUAUGUUAUUACGGCAUCACCCAAAGAUGCUUCCUGGAAAUCCAAGCCAUCUUAUGAUCCAACCUCCUUCAAUGGGACAUCCCAUGGGUCUCGGUUUGCCUCCGGGACCAGGGCCCAGCUCCAUCGAAAGCUUAAGGCUUCAUGCUCAAGCUGCCGCGGGUCUGCAAGCGUCGCAUCCUAGACCAGGAUCACCUCAUCAAAUUCCACACGGUCAUCCUCACUUACGAGGUCCGCCAAGACCAGGGUUGCAAGAGGAAAAUCCCGAAUUAAAACUUGAAACUCAAUCACAACCAGAAGAAGAAGAAAUUCCAAGUCCCGCGCAUAUACCCCAUGGACCGAGCCCUGAACCUAAGAUUGAAGAUACCGAGUGUCAUAGAUCUCAGUCCGCAAUAUUUCUUCGACACUGGAAUCGUGGUGACUAUAAUUCGUGCACACGAACAGAUCUCAUUUUCAAACCUGUACCAGAAUCAAAACUUGCUCGUAAGCGAGAGGAACGUCUGCGGAAACAAGCAGAAAGAGACAGAGAGGAAAGAGAAAAGAUUGCGCAACAGGCGCAUAGGAAGAUUGCGACACCUGAAAAGCCUGAAACCAAACCGCCUUCCAGAGGAGCGAUCGAAACAAUUACUUCUCCAUACGACAGAUUCCCACGACCACCUGGCUAUCCUGAUACCCCUGCGUUACGACAGCUAUCAGAGUACGCUCGACCACACGCAGGAUUUAGCCCCGGCAACCUACCACGCCAUUGUAUGGAUCCUAUGUUACAAUAUCAAUUGAGUUCGAUGUACGGCGCCGCAGGAGCGAGGGAGCGUCUAGAGCUUGAACAUCUCGAAAGAGAAAAGCGAGACCGAGAAAUAAGAGAAUUGAGAGAACGUGAAUUAAACGACAGACUAAAAGAGGAACUUCUCAAAAACAAUGUAGGUCCACGAGCGCUCGAUCCACAUUGGUUAGAAAUGCACAGACGUUACGGAAUGCCACCACCGCCGCCCCAGGGAGCUAUACCGGUCCAGUUCGGCCUCUAUCCUCCUGGCCACGGACCGGCCGCUCUGUCGCAGCUUGAAAGAGAAAGACUGGAGAGGCUCGGUAUUCCACCGGCGUCGCAGCCCGGCGCCCCGCAGUCGGUGCCGGUGUCGGGCGCGCCGCCGCACCACCCGCAUCACCCGCACCCGGGCGUGGCGGCCGCGCAGCUGGAAGCCGCCGAGCGGCUGGCGCUCGCCGCCGACCCGAUGGUGCGCCUGCAGAUGGCAGGCAUCAACCCCGAGUACCACGCCCACACACACGCGCACACCCACGCGCACUCGCACACCCACCUGCACCUGCACCCGGGGCAGCAGGCGGCGGCACAGGCGCAGCAGGAGGCGCUCGGGCUGAGCCUGGGCGCGGGCGCCCAGUACCGGCCGCUGCCACACCCGGACCUGCUGGGCAGACCUUAUGCGGAGCAGCUGGCGCAGCAGGCGGCGGCGCACGAGCAGCUGCAGCGGCAGUUGCUGCUGGAGCGCGAGCGCGGCUUCCUGCACCCCGCGCACCACGAGGACUUCCUGCGCCAGCAGCGCGAGCGCGAGCUUAAGGUGCGCGCGCUCGAGGAGGCGGCCCGCGCCUCGCGCCCGUAGUCCGCCGCCGCCGCGCCGCGGCCCCCGCCUGACAACUCUGUCGUGCUCGUGGAGUGAUGUGCUCGGCUCUAUCCCACUGAUCGCGUGGUGAGUGGUGACCCUACCCAUUUCUAUGGUUGACUUACAUUGUUGUAAAUACCCGUAUAAAAUCAUAGUGUUCGUAUGAUAUUCGCGUCGAAAACGUUGAACUGGACGAUUUUUCAUAAUAUUAUGUGUGACGACACUUGUAAUUUAUAAUAUAACUUAAAUAUUUAAGUUUUAUAAUGUUUUUAUAGUCGCAUGGUUAUGUAGUACGCUUAUUUUCCAUGCUCAAAUUUAUUUCUUAACUACUAGUCAUAAUUACAAUUUUAUUUGUGAAAUACUAAGAGUCACACGUUUUUACAUACAAUACUUUUAGUUUAAAUUAUUGUUUAUAGAACUUUAUAAUUGUGCAGUUAACUAGCAAAUCAAGGUGAUUAGUAUUCCCAUGAAUGGACCACAUGUCUAUUGAAAUUGUAAACCUUGUUUUUAACCUUCAUGACAUGACAUAAUAAAUAAAGUUAUAAAAUUUUAAGUAUGAAUAAGACAGAGUAGGGACUGUGACUUGCCUUUCUAAUCUACUUGCCUUUAUAUACUGACCCUAGUGGAGUUAUCUUUCUUACUCUGUGUAAUCCUAAGAUAUUAUAUGAAGGCCCUCUUCUUAAAUUAUUAAAUAUAUUCAUACAUAACUUAUUAUUUUAUCAAAACGAUAUUAUAGCUCUCAGUGAAAGAAUAAAAUUGUAAGUGUCCAAGAAAGUAGCGUCUACUUUCUAUGAGAUCAAUACGCAAUUUGUGGAACUAAUUAGGCUAACAUAUCAAUUAUGAGAUUGAGAUCUUUGCACGAGUCGCAAUAAUGGAUGUGCGCCUUGAAUUUUAGUCGUGCAAAAUUGAUGCAAUAAUUCUGUAACUUAUGAGAUAUUUAUUACCUGUUUUAUGGGAGGUUUAACUCGUUCCGCUAUUUUUUACACGAAAUGUCAAUAACGUGUUCUUUGUCUACUUAUAUUGAGUGUAAUGUUUGAAUCGAAAUCGAAGAUCUAAGUAUUGUACAUUAACAAAACGAUGUAACCGCAAAAACUGUGUGGAUAACUUCAUUUAAAUGAUGAUGCAAUCGAAAAUCAUCUCAUAUAUAUAUCGUUAUUUCUUUUAUAUGCAGUUUUUGAGGUCAAAUUGCCGUGAAAAAGUUUUGUUAUGUAUUUUUUAUGGUAUAACACCUGUGAACUCAUUUGUUGUACAGUCAACAGUACAUCAGACUUGGCGCGAAAGUUUGUAAACUUAGAGCCGUAUACUUUUUAACAGUUAAUGUGGCGUUACCCGUACCUAAUGGAAUCUUAGAUUUGAAAUGAUUUCAUGUCAAUAUAAUGAGAUAACUAUUAUAUUUUCUAACGAACUUGAUAUGUAUUGUAAUAAAUAGCCUCUCAUUUCCAAGAGGGUUAAAUCUUCGCUUGUAAUAAGUAGAUAACUUUUGGAAACAAUCAGUUGAUUCUUGUGGAGUAAUAAAAAUAUAGGUAUACAAGUUAAGUGGUUUAAAAUUUAAAACAAAUCUUGUAAAUUUAAGAGUUGUAAUUUUCACCCAGUGUACACAUUCAAUAAUUCUAUUGCACUAUAAUGUAAUAUAAUUCCCCUAAAAUAGGCGCUGUAGAAUUGAAAUAAAAGUUAUAGAAUAUUGUAGAAUUUAACAGUUCACAUUUUCGCUUGGUAGGUGUUAUUUUGGUAAAGCCAUAGUUACUGAAGAGAAAUGAGUAUUAUUUUUAGAGACAAAUUAUAUCUUAAUUAAAUAAGAGGUUGCGUGUCGGUUUAAAACUUCAUUUAUUUAGACAAUAAGAUUAAUGGAUGUCUUAGUGCUUUUGUGUAAAUUUUUUUGAAUAAUAUAUGUGGAAAAAAAUCAA